CAGGCUCCCUCAGAGUGUACUGGGAACUACAUUUCCCGGUGAGGGAACGGCUCCAGCCGACCGCGCGUUACGCCGGCAUCGUGCUGUCGGCAGCCGGGUCCCGAGCCCUAGAGCGUUGGAGGGGGCGGCGGAGAAGGGAGUUGCUUUUCCUUCCCACUUCUCCACUCACGGGCAGCACCGGCUUUGCCUUCCCUCGCCCCACCGCCUUGCGCCCACCGCCAGGCUCCCGGUGUCACCUUUUCCUGGGCCCCUCAGGGAGUUGGGGCCUGGAAGUUCGGCGGUAGGGGCCCUUGCUCUGCGCGCGAGUGAGGGGCGCGCCCCUCUUGAGCCCGGACAACUCCGCGAUUGGCCCGCGCCUCCAUGGGGCCAAGUCAGAAGCCCAACGUGUGCUGCCGGCUGAGUCGCCGGGCGCUGGGCUUCUUCUCGCGCGACGCGGGCGUGGUGCAGAGGACCAACCUGGGCAUCUUGCGGGCGCUGGUGUGCCAGGAAAGUACUAAAUUUAAGAAUGUUUGGACGACUCAUUCCAAGUCACCUAUAGCCUAUGAGAGAGGAAGAAUAUAUUUUGAUAAUUAUCGAUGCUGUGUCAGCAGUGUUGCAUCAGAGCCAAGAAAACUCUAUGAAAUGCCAAAAUGUUCCAAAUCAGAAAAAAUAGAGGAUGCUUUAUUAUGGGAAUGCCCAGUGGGCGAAAUGCUUCCCAAUUCAUCAGAUUAUAAAUCCUCACUCAUAGCGCUGACUGCUCAUAAUUGGCUACUUCGUAUAUCAGCAACUACCGGAAAAGUACUUGAGAAAAUAUAUCUUGCUUCAUAUUGCAAAUUCAGAUACUUGAGUUGGGAUACUCCUCAAGAAGUCAUUGCAAUCAAGUCAGCUCAAAACAAAGGCUCAACAUUGGCCCGGCAGGCAGGCAUUCAACAGCCUGUUUUGCUGUACCUUGCAGUGUUCCAUGUGCUACCUUUCUCACUGAUAGGGAUUUUGGAAAUCAACAAAAAGAUUUUCGGGAACGUUACAGAUGCCACCUUGUCUCAUGGAAUACUGAUUGUGAUGUAUAGCUCAGGACUGGUCAGACUUUAUAGCUUCCAAGCCAUCACUGAACAGUUCAUGCAACAGAAACUUGACUUAGGGUGUGCAUGCAGAUGGGGUGGGACUACUGGAACUGUAGGAGAGGCUCCUUUUGGCAUUCCUUGUAAUAUUAAAAUCACAGACACACCACCACUGCUUUUUGAGGUGUCCUCCCUGGAGAAUGCUUUUCAGAUUGGAGGCCAUCCUUGGCACUACAUCAUCACACCUAAUAAGAAGAAACAGAAAGGAGUUUUCCAUAUUUGUGCCCUCAAGGACAAUUCCUUGGCCAAAAAUGGGAUCCAAGAAAUGGAGUGCUGUUCUCUAGAAUCUGACUGGAUUUAUUUCCAUCCUGAUGCUUCUGGUAGAAUAAUACAUGUUGGCCCAAAUCAGGUCAAAGUUUUAAAACUAAGUGAAGUAGAAAAUAAUAGUGCCCAGCAUCAGAUCUCUGAAGAUUUUGUCAUUUUGGCUAACAGGGAGAAGAACAAAAAUGAAAACUUACCCACUGUUACAGCUUCUGGACGGGUGGUAAAAAAAAGUUUUAACCUUCUGGAUGAUGACCCAGAACAAGAGACUUUCAAAAUUGUGGACUAUGAAGAUGAGUUGGAUUUGCUUUCUGUGGUAGCCGUUACUCAAAUAGAUGCCGAAGGAAAAGCUCACCUGGAUUUCCACUGUAAUGAAUAUGGAACUUUACUUAAAAGCAUUCCACUCGUGGAAUCAUGGGAUGUGACAUAUAGCCAUGAAGUCUACUUUGACAGAGACUUGGUAUUACACAUAGAACAGAAACCCAGCAGGGUCUUCAGCUGCUAUGUUUACCAGAUGGUAUGUGACCAUGGGGAUGAAGAAGAAACCACAAACAGAAGUUGUAAGAAAGACUGCGGUAAUUUUAAAUUUUGAGAUGUAACUUAUGAGACUUCUAGCCAAACACUCCAGCAGCCAUGUCCAAUCCUCCUUUUUAUUACCUGCAUAACAUAUUCCCCAGUAUUUUCCAGAAAAAACCUUGUGUUGACUUCA